UCUUAUAAAUAUGGAUGUUACAUUUGAAUUGAACCUCCACUGUUUCGCUGUUAGUGUUAUAAUUCGCAACAGUUAUUUACGAAUUUAAUGAUAGUGAUUUUAAAAUAUAAAUAAUGACCUCAAAACUUUCAAUUUCUCUUCAUGGAAAUAAUAGCGUUUUCAUUUUAAUUUCCAUAAUUCUGUGUCUACUUAUUCCAUCGAAUGUAGGCUCAGAAAAUCAUCCUUACUUUGAUCCAAACAUUCCAUCAUGUGUAGCUUGUGAAAAAGAAUACCCUUCUAUCGAUUCAUGCACAAAGUCUAGUGAAAUUUUUCAGAAUUUUUCUUUAGUUAUAUUUAACCCUCAACAAUUUAUUGAUGCAAUACGUUGUGCUUGUACAGACACAUUUUUAUCCGUAUACCCGCUUUGUUUAGAAUGUUUUCGAAGAACGGGACAGCCGGAUACGUUAUUAAAUACAGAAGUUCCGCCAGCAAUAGACACAAUUAGAUCAACAUGUCAAACUAUGAGUGCGAUCUCAGGAAAUGCUAGUAGUUAUGACGCCACAGCUACAGUAAAUCCCUCAGGGCCGACCGAUCAUCCUGGGAUAAAUUCUGCAAGUUCCAGUGAUUUGAUGGGGAUGUUAUGGUUUUAUAUUAUUAUAUUGGUUUCGACUAAUAUGUUGUUAUUAUUACAUCAUUUGGAUUAAUCAUGUCCACACAUAAUUUAUUUAAUUUCUAUCUGUUAUUCCGAAUCAGGGAAAUAUAUAAUAUUUAUUUAAUUUAAUAUCCACUUUAACGUAUGUGACUUAUAUAUCAAAUAAAGGUACACUGGAGACUUAUU